AUGAAAGUAUUUGUUACAGUCCUAUCAAUUAUUUUACUGACAAUUGCCGCAGCGGCUAAUUCAGAAAACCUGUGUCCUAAAAUACAAGAAAUUGAUUCGGAUAUAGAACUGUUGUUACCACAUAGGGAUUGUCACAAGUUCUAUCAAUGUGUGCAUGGCCAGCCGGUGGAGAUGUCAUGUCCAAAUGAGCUUUAUUUCAGCAUAAAUGAACAGGCUUGCAACUGGAGGGCAGAUGUUGAUUGUGGAGAUAGAACUACUCUUGAAGAUUCAAAGCCGGUUGACGGGAAGAGCCAAGAAGUAGAAACUUCUCCCGAAUCCGAUAAAGACGAAGAUGAGGAAGAACCUGAGGAAACCGUGCAAACUGAAAGACCUGUCUUCCCUAUUAUAGAAUUCCUUCCAAAUGGUUGCCCGGUAAAUCGUGAAAUACAUUGGCUGCUGCCUCACGAGAAAAGUUGCAGUCUAUUUUAUUAUUGUGUGCAGGGUGAGAGAGAAGUCAGACGGUGUCCGUUUUGGUUGCAUUUUAACAGGAAGCUUCAGAUUUGUGACUGGCCAAGGAACGCUGGUUGUAUCGAGUUUGCAGAGUUACAUGACAGCAAGAUGAGAUUAUAA